CAGGUUUUGUUGGCAUUUUAUUCAUUUGGACUGGUGCAUCUGGGGAGUCAAAGUUAUAGGUUGGAGUCAACAUGGGCUUUGAUAUUGAUUGCAUACCGAACAUUCAGAAUCUGCCUGGAGAGUACUUCUGUCCUGUUUGUCGCACACUUGUCUACCCAAAUGAAGCACUUCAGUCUCAGUGCACUCAUCUAUACUGCAAACCUUGUCUGACUUAUGCUGCGGGCACUCUCCGGGCCUGCCCCUAUGAUGGAUAUUUGGUGACAGAAGCAGAUUCUAAGGUUAACAUUUGGUGUUCCCCAAGCACAACAGGCAGCAGGGAGUAUCCAGGAUGCUGCAACCUCAGGAACAACUGCUGCUGUUGUAGACCAGAGUCAGAAUGCUACUCAAUCAGAAGCACCAACUUCUCAGGUGCAGACAUCACAAACAACUGCUGCUCCGGUGCCUGGACAGGAUCCCAAUCCUCAGCAAAUGCAAAUCUACAGGCCCAAGCUUCAGUGCCAGCUGCUGUUCCAACUCCAGAACAGUGGUAUCAGCAACAAUAUCAGCAGUACUACCAGCAGUAUCCUGGAUAUGAUCCUUACCAGCAGCCUUAUCAACAAUACUACCCAUAUCAACAACCGGCCAUUCAGCAAUUCCAGCAGCCUCCACCACAUGUGCUAGGGCAGCAGCAACCUCAGCUCUAUUCUCAGCCCCAAGCCCAGCCCCAGCUGCAGGUUCAGUCCCAUGUCCAACCCCAGCCCCAAUCUCAACCCCAGGCCCAGCCUCAACCUCAGCACCAUGCCCAAUCUCAGCCCCAGCCCCAGCUGCAGACUCAAUCUCAAACUCAGCCUCAAAUUCUAUCCCAGGGACAGCCUCAACCAUAUCCACCCGUUCAGGUUCCAGUGGCUUCACAACAUCAAAACCAGGCUAACCCACAGCAGCAACCUCACCCUGCAGUGCAGGCCCAUUCCCAAACCCAAUCUCAGACUCACCCACCCACCCAUGGCCACCCACCUUUUCAGCCUCAGCCUUACCCGCAAGCCCAGACCCUUCCACAGCCUCAUCCACAGCAACAUAUGCAGGUGCCGCAAUAUCAGCAGCCUCAUUUGCAGUUGCACCAUCCCCAGUUGCAAGUUCAGCCCCCACCUUCUCAGGUUCAACAACAACCUCAUCCACAUGCCCAAACCCAACCUCAACCUCUAUCUCAUUCACAAGUGCAGCCACAGGCGCAGCCUCAACAUCAUCCCCAGCCUCAUCCACAAUUCCGCCCUCCUCAGCCCAACCAGCCCCCAAUUCCGAAUUCCCAGCCUCAGACCCCACUUCCACCGGCUCAUGCAGUAACAGGUCAUCACUCCUAUCCGCAAUCUCAGCCUCAAAUGCAGCUGGUGGCCCCACAACAACAUCCUAUGCAUAUGCAUCCUUCGAGUGGGUCUUUACCACCCCCAGCUCAAGUGCCAGGUCAGUUCCCGCAACAGCCAACUCAAAUGCGGCCACCCCAGUCUCAUGCACCAUUGCCAAAUCAACAACAAUCAGCUUUGUUGCCUUCACAAGGUCAAGUCCCGAGCAUCCCUUCUUCACAACAGCAGCAAAUUCAUCCUCAUGCUCAGCGUCCUGUUAUGAGGCCAAAUCAUCCACCAGUACCCCAGCAAUAUCUGCAGCAGCAGCAGCAGCAGCAGCCUUUUCCUGCGCAAGGAGUGGGUCCAGUUCAGAAUCAAUUACACCAGCAUGGCCAUUUUGGACAGCAGCAGCAGCCCAUACAGUCUCAGUUACGCCCACCGGGUCCACCUCAGUCAAUGCCGCAAAAUUCUCAUGGCCAUCUCCAGCCGCAGCAGAAUGCUGUGUUGGCUCAUGGCAUGCAACCCCAGCAGUUUCAAAGUUAUGUAGGAAGACCUGUGAUGCCAAAUCAGGGAAUGCAGUCACAGGCCUUUCCACAGGACAGGCCCAUGCAGCUUAGUUCAAAUCAAGCUUUAGUGAAUCAGAAUUUUGCAAACAGGCCCAACAACCAACAGCAAUCGUCUGCAAUGCCCGAGAGGCAAGGUGAUCAUAUAUCCGAGAGAAGUGUAGCUAUGAGAAUUGGAACAUCAUCUCAGAAGACUGCCGAAAAGGAUGCAAAUGGUCCUGGAGCUGGUUUGGUUGAAGUAAAGGCUGUGAAACCUGAAGCAGACAUGAAUAGUGAACAGAAACCCAUAGUUGAAGGUGAAGGUAAAUCUAUGCAAGGUGAAACAUCUGCCAAAGAUGCAGACUCUGUUGUUCAUGCAGUGAAAGAUGGCUCAGGUGAGCUUGUAAACAAGCAAAUAGUGAAGGAAGAGGGCACUGAGAAUACAUUGGGGCCUUCAUGUGGGGGCAAAUUGGCUGAAAUUGUGUCUUUGGAGGGGAAAGACGGCCCGAAUGUUGCAUGUAAAGCAGAUGUCCCCUUGGUAGAUGGUCCUUCAUUGCGGCAAGCAGAAUCUCUCGAGGGACAGAAGGUGACAUUGUCGGAAAAUGCUGCAAAUGUGAGCUUGAAGGCCACUGCUGGUUCUGACAAGGGUACAGUAGCAGUUCCUGCUUCCAAAACUGAUGCUUCAGUUCAGAAUACUAUUUCCCAGGGCAAUUCACAGGCUACUCAUAUCGCUAGAGAUCCUAUGCAACAUGGUUAUCAGGAAAGAAAUUUGAGCCAACCCCAGGUUACUCCUCAAGGUUCUGGUAUUGAAGAAUUUGGUGGCUUACAGGGGAAGGGAUUUGUGCACACUUCUCAUCAGUUACCUCCAAUGCCUCAUGGGCCUUCCACUCCUCAUCAGAGACCUGCGGUCCCUUCGAUGUUACCGAUGGCGCCUCCAGGACCCCCACUUCAUGCACAAUUGCCAGGGCAACACCCGUGCCAUUGA